CCGUUGGUUGAGCGCCAGGCUAUACAGAAAAUGUAAAAAAAACACACUCGACAUCGAAAUUUGUUGUUGCCAUAAAAAUAAAAGACAAUAAUCUCUUAAUUUCUCUAGCAGCAGACUGCUCGAGUUAAUAGACCAACAUUCUCUCGGGAGAAUACGACGGUUGAGCUAAUCUAAAUUUGGAUUGAUACCCCUCGAAGCGCAAACUGACGAUAUGGAAUCAUCUUUCUGUGAUCACACCGAGAUACGACACGACGGACGGGAACCAGUGGUAAAAUUUCGCCGGGGAGCAUCGAAUGCAAGUGACGGUGGUGCAGAUCGGGAGAGUUACGAAGAUGUUGAUCUAGGUACCGGGGGAACGGACGGUGGGUCAACGGGGCGAUUGCGCCGAAACACGGCCGAGUUGGCCAGUGGAUUCGGUAGCAUAGUCGGUGGUGUUGGGGAAGUGGAUGCAGACGCGUUAGGAUUGUGUGAAGAUGAGUUUACUGUGGAGCAGGCAGUGGAAGCAAUUGGCUUUGGAUGGUUCCAGAUUAAGAUAUCGGCACUCGUAGGAUUUUGCUGGAUGGCGGAUGCAAUAGAAAUGAUGCUCUUAAGUAUUAUUUCUCCGGAGCUGAGAUGUUUGUGGAAUCUUGAACGUUGGCAGGAAGCCCUUAUCACCACCGUUGUCUUCAUUGGAAUGUUCACCAGCUCCACGCUGUGGGGGAAAAUGUGUGACAAGUACGGAAGAAGAACGGGUUUAAUCGCCUGUACCACUUGGCUGUUUUAUCACGGUCUACUCAGCAGCUUUGCUCCGACGUACGUCUGGAUUCUCAUCUUGAGAGGUUUGGUGGGUUUUGGGAUUGGCGGUGUUCCUCAAUCAAUAACACUGUAUACUGAGUUUCUGCCUUCCAAGACCAGAGGAAUGUGUGUGGUGUUUACUGCAGUCUUUUGGGCUUUUGGUACUGUUGUAGAGGUCCUCCUAGCUCUCAUUGUCAUGCCAACGCUGGGAUGGCAUUAUCUUCUGCUUUUCUCAGCUUUUCCAGUUUUAAUCUUCGUCUUAAGUUGUAAGUGGUUACCGGAGAGUGCCCGGUACUACGUAGCAUGUGGUAACCAGCAGAAGGCUCAUGAAAUUCUGAAAGCGGUUGCCUUGGCGAAUAACAAACCUAUGCCACUCGGUAAACUCAAGAUUGAAGAAGUGCCGGUUAAGAGAGGUUCCUAUGCGGAUCUCUUCAAAACCAAAGAGAUGGGAAUAACGACCGUACUACUGCUGUUCAUUUGGUUUGCGAAUGCUUUCGCUUACUAUGGAAUUGUCUUGAUGAGCACGGAGCUGUUUGCAACCGGAAAUACUUGUUCCUCGGAAGGCCAAUCUCAAAAGCAACUUGAAUGCUUCGAUGCCUGCAAAUCCCUGACAACUAACGAUUACGUACUUCUCUUGUGGACUACACUAGCCGAGUUUCCUGGUAUCAUCCUCACAUUCGUCAUCAUCGAGAAGUUGGGCAGAAAGAAGACAAUGGCAGUAGAGUUCCUGUUUUUUGCAAUUUUUGUGUUUCUACUUUUCAUUUGCUCGUCAAUGACGUUAAUGACUGUCUUCCUGUUUGCAGCUAGAGGGUUUAUAUCAGGGGCAUUCCAAGCAGCUUAUGUCUACACACCUGAGGUUUACCCCACAGCCACCAGAGCCUUGGGUGUAGGAUCCUGCAGUGCCAUGGCUCGGAUUGGAGCUCUCUUGACUCCAUUCGUGGCCCAGGUCAUGUUGGGCGUGUCUCCUCAUCUGGCUAUAUCCAUCUAUGGAGGCGUGGCAUUAGUUGCUGUGAUUGCUUGCUUGGCACUACCUGUGGAAACAAAGGGCCGAGAAAUGCAGACUGUUGCCACCAAAUCAAAACCAAAGAGUGCAACAUCCGAGGCGGGCACGUCAAGGUGAUGUUUUCGUGCAAUAAAAGUGUGUGUUUGUCGUUUAUGUUAACUUGUUCUCUGAACUCACAAUGUGUAACGUAGCCAUACAAUUUUAAAUGUAAUUGUUCAUUUAGUUGUGGAAUUAUGGAUCAAAUUAGGUUUUUGCC